AAAUUCCCCCUUCCUCCCUCCCCUCCCCCUCAUUCAGACUUGCGCGUACCGAGGUUUCGCCACUUUCGUUUACAAGAGGUGCUUUCGGCUCCACAGUCCACCAUUUCCAAUGGUGGUUCGGAGAAAUCGACGCGGAGGCGACUCCGAAGAGGGCAGCGGAGCAGCCGUAGAGAAUGGAAGUGCGGGGGUUUCAGGGUACGAGCACUUCAGGGACCAAAAGAUCAGAGAGAACAAGGAGAGAUUGCAGAAGCUGGGAGUUUUGGACCUUGCCAAGAAGCUCAAGACCGAAACUGCCGCCCCAAAACGUCCCUACCGACCCAAAACCCACAACCCACUUCCUAAUCCCGGGUCCCCCAGGCGCUCUUCCAGGUUGAAGAGUGUGGCUCCAGUAGAUUAUGUGGAAAAGACAAAAAACGAGAGCUCAAAGAGAAAGAGUGUUGAAAUUUUUAUAAAGGAAGGUUCAAAGCCUGAGAUUUAUACAGAGGAACAUGAGAAGCUGUUGGGGGAUUGUGUCGAAAGCUGGGAGCUAGGCGUUGAUGGCUAUGGUGAGGAUCGGAAGCGCAUUUACGAUCCGGUUAAUGGAGAAACUUGCCAUCAAUGCAGGUCAUAAAACUGGGUUACAAAUCUGUGGCACACUAUCUUAUCCAAACCCACCGUUCCCCAACAAACUCAGAGACCGCAGGUGAAGAAGUUGUAGCAGAGGGAUCAACUCCUUCAGUGGAACCCUCUUCACAUGAUGAAUCUUCAGGAUCAGGCAAUGGCCUUGAUACUAGUGAGCAUGUUGAUGACAAUGAUGUGGGCAACGUAGAUGCUGUUGCUGCUGGUGAUGCUGUUGACGGCAAGGCAAAGAAAAAGCUGAGAAGGAAUACAAGGCUGAGCAAGGAUUAAACUUUUGCAGAUUAUAGCCUGCUCUUAAUACAAUCUAGUCCCGCAUCAACUCGUGUAAGGUUGGGACACACCAAAUGCUUUUCAAGCACAUAUAUUUCUCUUUUGUUAGCAGGAAGACUAAUCUAGUGCAGCUAUAGGUUUUUUGUGGAGUUAUGAUUUUGCCGGGGAAUAGUUUCCUUGAACUUCUUUUGCUUUAUAUGUGGUAGGAUGAGAAUUGUGGUGUUUAGAAACAUGAAUCAGCCAGACUACUACUGGUAUUGCAAAUGAAAUAUGUAGUCGUAUGUAGUCUUCUACUUG